GGAAAGUUGAGCAGGAAUUAACGCGGGGGGGAAAAAGAAAUACUCUUAUUUACAAAUAAUUAAAUGCUAGUGCCAAAAACCUGAAUAGUAAUGGAAGACACAGAUGAGCAGAGGAAUUUUACUCGGACUCAGAGGCUGAAAGCUGCUGUCCACUACACUACUGGCCUCUUGUGCCAAGAAGUGGCAGAAGACAAAGACAUGGAAUUCAGCAAGCAAACCAUAGCAGCCAUUGCGGAAACUACAUUCAGACAGUGUGAGAUUUUUGCCAGAGACCUUGAAGCAUUUGCAAGGCAUGCAAAGAGAACCACAGUAAAUGCUGAAGAUGUGAAACUCACUGCCAGGAGAAGCAACGCUUUGUUCAGUUUUAUCACGCAAAGGAGCGAGGAACUGGUUUCCAGUAACCAAGAACAGAAGGAGAAAAGAAAGAAGGCUGGUGGGAAAGCAAAAAAAAAGAGUGAUGCUCCAUUGGAGUCUGGAAUGGAUGAACGUGAGGACUCCAAUAUGGCUUAAAACCUCUCUGGUAUAGGGUAAUACCCAACACAGUGGGCAGUGCCUGCAUUAUGACUGUCAUCAACUAUCUGAACCCAAUGUUCCAGCAUUUAGCAGAGGAGACAGUAUCUCAUGUCAUCUGCAAAGGGUAUUAUUGAUAGUAUAAACUGAAAAUAUGAACAUAACAGAACAUGUAUUUGAUAACAUUAGGGUGAUUUGAAAGCAACCUUAUUUCAAGAUUCUAAGCUUGGUAGAGUGUCUUUGUGAUAAAAUGACCACUGAACACAUGAUCUGACAUUUAACAAACAUUUUGCAUAUUAAUUCAUUAAUGCAGAUAGUACUGAGCAUAUGCUUUCCAUGGAUAACGUCAGUACGAAAAGAAAAUUGGAAUUGCAGAAUGGAAAAAUAUUUGCACCGCAUUUUGUAAAUAAUUG